ACCUCGAGCAUACUACGAAGCCAAUCUCUAUCUGGAUAUUGUCAGUGAAUGGCUGCCAUCUGGCUCCAGUGACUUCGUAUUGUGCACCCUGAGAUGGUUGAAUCCCGUUCGAUUGCCGAGAUCACCAAUGGGAAUGCGGAUCGUCUACCGGACGGCUCGCGCGCAGCUCCCUGCCUUUCUGGCUUGUAUCACCCACUGCAUACGAGGUACGCGGGGCAUCAACUGGAAGGUUCAUCCAAACUUCGCCGACAUUGCGCACAGGUUUCAAGGGGGCGCGGGGGGGAUUCAUCCCUGCCAUAUGUUGUCCCCACUACUGCUAUAGAAGCAUUCAUUUUGGGGGUACAUACACUCGGCAAACGAAAAAAAAAAGAGGACGAUACGAAUGAUGCUGGGAACGUGAACCCUCAAACGAUUGGCUCAGGUCAAGCUUUUCGUGGCACGGGGUGUGGGUACUUCGGCCAAACUUUGUUCGGGCCCGAGCGAAAGGAGUAUAGCUUCAUGUUCCUGGACAGUCGGGCUUGUUGGGAAAGUGGCUGUGGAUGAUCCGUGGGACUGCCCAAGGUCUAUUCAAGAAGAUUCUGUCUGACUUGCCGUUCAGAUAGUGGUGUCUGGUCAUAUUUUCCAUCCAUGUGACCUAACGGACGGUGGCUCUCCAGGGUGGUGCUGGGCAAGAUAGCCAGUAUGCUUGCUAAUCCACGAAUUGUGCUAGGAC